GAGACAGACAGGUCUACAGACAGACAGGUGGACAGACAGACGGACACGCUGCUGAUGUUUACUGGAGUUAUUCUUGAAUCUACAGCAGGAGGCUGCUACUAGGCAACAGGGAAUCGGGCGGUGCCGCAUGAUGCCAAGAUGGCCCCUCUGCUGCCCCCUGUUGGUACAGAGGUCUUCAGACUCUUUACGCCGGCCUCAUUGGAGGAAAUCCAACGGCGAUAUGAAAUCGAAGAGAAGGAACGACAGAGGAGGAAAGAGAAGAACAUUGAGAUAGCAGAGGAGGAUCUUCCAAAACCUGCCAGUGACCUGGAGGCCGGGAAGCCCCUCCCUUUUAUCUACGGAGAUCCGCCCCCUGAGUUUCUCAACACCCCAUUGGAGGAGCUGGAUCCCUACUACCAAUCACACCAGACUUUCAUCGUCCUCAGUAAAGGAAACGUCAUCUACAGAUUUAAUGCUGAACCUGCCUGUUACCUGCUGACUCCCUUCAACCCACUGAGGAGAUUCGCCAUCAAGAUCCUCAUUCAUUCUUUAUUCAGCUUAUUCAUCAUGGUGACAAUUCUGACCAACUGUGUGUUCAUGACAAUGAGUGAUCCUCCGCCGUGGAGCAAGACGGUCGAAUACGUGUUCACAGGAAUCUACACGUUUGAGGCAACAGUCAAAGUUCUGUCCCGAGGAUUCUGUCGCGGAGAUUUCACCUUCCUCAGAGACCCCUGGAACUGGCUGGACUUCAUGGUCAUCAGCAUGGCGUAUCUGACAGAGUUUGUCGAUUUGGGAAAUGUUUCUGCUUUGAGGACAUUCAGAGUUCUUCGAGCCCUGAAGACCAUCACUGUCAUCCCCGGUUUAAAGACGAUUGUUGGAGCUCUCAUCCAGUCGGUGAAGAAGCUGGCUGACGUCAUGAUCCUGACGGUGUUCUGCCUCAGUGUCUUUGCUCUGAUUGGUCUGCAGCUGUUUAUGGGAAACCUGAGGCAAAAAUGCGUCCUGAUGCCGCCACACUUAUUUAGCAACCACACGUCAGACCUGGAGACAGGUUUCCUUUCCAACGACACCCAAGGCAACAACACAGGAAACGGUGACUUGGAUUACUACGAGUACAUCAACAAUGCAGAAAACUAUUACUACCUGCCUGGUCAGCUUGAUGCUCUGCUGUGUGGAAACAGCUCUGAUGCCGGGGUCUGUCCGGAUGGUUACAUCUGUCUGAAGACGGGAAGAAACCCAAACUAUGGCUACACCAGCUACGACUCUUUUGGUUGGGCGUUCUUGGCUCUGUUCAGACUGAUGACCCAGGACUUCUGGGAAAACCUAUUCCAACUGACUCUGCGAGCGGCGGGUAAAACCUACAUGAUCUUCUUCGUGGUCGUCAUCUUCCUCGGGUCCUUCUAUCUCAUCAACCUCAUCCUGGCAGUGGUUGCCAUGGCGUACGCCGAGCAGAACGAGGCCACCAUCGCCGAGGCCAAACAGAAGGAGGAGGAGUACGCUCAGAUCCUGGAGGCGCUAAAGAGGAGAGAGGAGGAGCAGGCAGCCAACAAGGCAGAGCUCGCAGAGAAACAAGACUCGACCCAACAGAAGAACUCAACUGCAGAUAUCAAUAGCCCCGACCAAGAACACACAACCAUGGACGGUACACACGACUUUGAGGAUGACCAGAGGCCGUGUCCUCCAUGCUGGUAUGCAUUUUCUAACAUUUUCCUGAAGUGGGACUGUUGUGGAUGCUGGCGACAGGUCAAACGGUGGCUCUACAUCUUCGUCAUGGACCCAUUCGUUGACCUCGGCAUCACCAUCUGCAUCGUCCUCAACACCGUCUUCAUGGCCAUGGAGCAUUAUCCGAUGACAGAGCAGUUCGAGGAGCUGCUGAGUGUCGGGAAUCUGGUCUUCACAGGGAUCUUUACAGCUGAGAUGGUCCUCAAACUUCUGGCCAUGGAUCCAUAUUACUACUUCCAGGUGGGUUGGAACAUCUUUGACAGCAUCAUCGUCACUAUGAGUCUAGUCGAGCUGGGACUGGCUAAUGUCCAGGGCCUCUCUGUGCUGCGCUCAUUCCGAUUGAUGCGAGUGUUUAAGCUGGCCAAGUCGUGGCCAACCCUCAACAUGUUGAUAAAGAUCAUCGGGAACUCGGUGGGAGCCCUGGGGAACCUGACUCUGGUUCUUGCCAUCAUCGUCUUCAUCUUCGCCGUUGUCGGCAUGCAGCUGUUUGGGAAGAGCUACAAAGAUUGCGUCUGUCGUAUUGCAGAGGAUUGCGAGCUUCCUCGCUGGCACAUGCAUGAUUUCUUUCACGCUUUCCUCAUUAUCUUCAGGGUCCUGUGUGGCGAGUGGAUUGAAACCAUGUGGGACUGCAUGGAGGUCGCAGGUCAGACAAUGUGUCUGAUUGUCUUCAUGAUGGUCAUGGUUAUUGGAAACCUGGUGGUCCUGAAUCUGUUCCUGGCCUUGUUGCUGAGCUCAUUCAGUGGUGAUAAUCUGGCAGCUCCAGAAGAGGAAGGAGAAAACAAUUUGCAGAUUGCCAUAAACCGGAUCAACCGGGCAGUGGCCUGGAUCAAGGCCUGGAUCCUGGACCACAUACGGAUUCUACUAGGAAAGAAGACCCAUGUCACCCCAGACGGCACCGUUGCCUGUGAGGAAGACGACAUGACAACGAAGGAGGUUUUAGCUUUGACCUUUGUUACCUCCGAGCAGCCGGCGUCACAAGUCAUAGCCUCCAGUAACCAUGACAGCCUGACCAGCAACUACCAUAACAUCGCUUCCCUGAGGGUCCCCAUCGCAGAGGCCGAGUCUGAUUUCGAAAAUCCUGAAACUGAAGAUGAGGACGAUGAGGAGGAUGAAGAGGAUGAGGAGGGUGAAGAGGAGGAGGAGAAUAAAGAGGAUGAGGAGAAUAAAGACGAUGAGGAGAAGCGUUCUCAAGGUGAUGUGUCAUCGGUCUGCAGCACCGUACAGAAACUUCCUGAAGUUCAGGAGGACGAAGACGAUGGCGACGACGACACAAACUCACCUGAAGACUGCUGCACUGAGAAGUGCUACAGUCGCUGUCCCACCCUGGACAUAGACACGUCCCAGGGCAGAGGGAAGAUCUGGUCUAACUUCAGGAGAACUUGUUUCUCCAUUGUAGAACACAACUACUUUGAGACGUUCAUCAUCUUCAUGAUCCUGCUGAGCAGUGGAGCUCUGGCCUUUGAGGACAUCUACAUGGAGCAGCGUCGCGUCAUCAAGAUCAUCCUGGAGUACGCAGAUCAGGUGUUCACCUACGUGUUCGUGGUGGAGAUGAUCCUCAAGUGGGUCGCCUACGGAUUCAAGACCUACUUCACCAACGCCUGGUGCUGGCUCGACUUUCUCAUCGUAGAUGUGUCUCUGGUGUCGCUGACGGCCAACAUACUCGGAUACUCUGAGCUGGGAGCCAUCAAGUCUCUGAGGACUCUGAGAGCUCUGAGGCCUCUGAGGGCCCUGUCUCGCUUUGAGGGCAUGAGGGUGGUGGUGAAUGCCCUGGUCGGAGCGAUCCCGUCGAUCUUCAACGUUCUGCUCGUGUGUCUCAUCUUCUGGCUGAUCUUCAGCAUCAUGGGCGUCAACCUGUUUGCAGGGAAGUUUUAUUACUGUUUCAACGAGACGUCGGAGGAGACGUUCCUGCCUGAGGAAGUCAACAACAAGACGGAGUGUCUGGCUUUGAUUCAGGCGAACUUCACUGAGGUCCGCUGGAAGAACAUCAAGGUCAACUACGACAACGUGGGGAUGGGCUACCUGUCGCUGCUGCAAGUGGCCACAUUUAAAGGCUGGAUGGACAUUAUGUACGCUGCAGUGGACUCCAGAGAGGUGGAGUCUCAGCCGCUGUAUGAGGACAACCUGUACAUGUACCUGUACUUCGUCUGCUUCAUCAUCUUUGGCUCGUUCUUCACUCUGAACCUCUUCAUCGGAGUCAUCAUCGACAACUUCAACCAGCAGAAAGCAAAGUUGGGAGGAACAGACAUCUUCAUGACAGAGGAGCAGAAGAAAUAUUACAACGCCAUGAAGAAGCUGGGCUCCAAGAAACCUCAGAAACCUGUUCCACGACCCGAUAAUAAGUUCCAGGGUUUGGUCUUUGACCUGGUCACCAAACAGUUCUUUGACAUCUUCAUCAUGGUGCUAAUCUGCCUCAACAUGGUCACCAUGAUGGUGGAGACGGACGAGCAGAGUGAGGAGAAAGAAAUGAUCCUGUACUGGGUCAACCUGGUCUUCAUCGUGGUCUUCACCACUGAGUGCAGCCUGAAGAUCAUCGCUCUGCGGCAGCAUUACUUCGCUGUCGGCUGGAACAUCUUCGACUUUGUGGUGGUGAUUCUCUCCAUCGUAGGUCUUCUUCUCGCUGACAUCAUUGAGAAGUAUUUUGUCUCGCCCACGCUGUUCCGUGUGAUCCGAUUGGCUCGUAUCGGUCGGGUCCUUCGGCUGAUUCGUGGAGCGAAGGGGAUCCGGACGCUGCUGUUCGCCUUAAUGAUGUCACUCCCGGCGCUCUUCAACAUCGGCCUGCUCCUCUUCCUCAUCAUGUUCAUCUUCUCCAUCUUCGGCAUGUCAAACUUUGCCUACGUGAAGAAGGAGGCGAUGAUCGACGACAUGUUCAACUUUGAGAACUUUGGGAACAGCAUGAUCUGCCUGUUCAUGAUCACCACGUCGGCCGGUUGGGACGGUCUGCUGAAUCCCAUCAUGAACACGCCACCAGACUGUGACCCAAACUUCGAGAACCCAGGAUCUCCAGUCAAAGGGAACUGUGGCAACCCGGGCGUGGGCAUCGUGUUCUUCACCACCUACAUCAUUAUGUCCUUCCUGGUGGUGGUCAACAUGUACAUCGCCAUCAUCCUGGAGAACUUCAACGUGGCCACGGAGGAGAGCGCUGACCCGCUGUGCGAAGACGACUUCGAGAUGUUUUACGAAACUUGGGAGAAGUUCGACCCCGACGCCUCGCAGUUUAUACAGUACAGUGAGCUGUCCACCUUCUGUGACACUCUGCAGGAUCCUCUCAGGAUUCCCAAACCCAACACCAUCAAACUGAUCCAAAUGGACCUUCCUCUGGUUCCAGGAGACAAGAUCCACUGUCUGGACAUCCUGCUGGCACUCACUGCACAGGUUUUGGGCGAUUCUGGGUCGAUGGAUGCUCUUAAAGCCAGCAUGGAGGAGAAGUUCAUGGCCAACAACCCCUCCAAGGUAUCGUAUGAGCCAAUCAGCAGCACCCUGAGGAGGAAGCAGGAAGAGGUGGCAGCGACGGUGAUCCAGAGGGCGUACAGGAAACACCUCCUGCAGCGAACCGUCAAACUGGCGUCCUACAAAUACAGAGAGAAGACGGAGGGACGGCUAGACAAGCCGCCGGAGACAGAAGGACUUCUCUAUAAACGCAUCAGUCAGCUGUACGGCGACGACCAGACGGGUUCAGGUGAGGAUCCUCCCCCUCGGGUGGAGCUUCAGAGCGAGUUUCUUCUCCAUGCUGCUCCUCCAAUCCACACCCCCAACUUCCUGCAAGACGAGAACCUGAGGGAGUCUGUGGUGUGAUGACGACGGUGUCACUCUCUGAACUCACCUGUGGAGUGUUACCUGUCGGAGCAGACUCACCUGUCCGUUAGCUUCAGCUUCUGUACCGACUCAGCAGUGAAACUGAGACGUCGGCACAAAGUUUGACUGCAGAUAAAAGUCUGCUGCGACGCGUUCGGUUCUCUGCUCUUCUUCUGGCUUCAUAUGAAAACGUUCUUUUCAUGUUCUGUCUGUGCCGAGCUGUUUGGAGGUUUUACCUUCUAACAGAGCCCAGGUUUGUAUGUGAAACUUACAGAUUAACCUGUUUUAACUCCCUGCCGGGGUCAUUACUAACACUUAUUAUCCAGUUUAUCCAGUAUUUUCUGUUGCUGAUCAGGUGAUGAUUCCUGAGUCGGACUGCUUUGACCAGAAAAAUCUAUUGAUGGACGUUUGAGGUAACGAAUCCUGUGAUGUUUCUUGUCAAAUCUGCGAAAGUAAUCUGCCGGAAAUAGUUUAACUAUUCAGACAGAAUCACACGCGUCUUGGAUAAUUACACAAACCAGAGAUUCUGUUUUCCCGUCUGACAUGCUGAGCGAAGUUUGUUUCCUGAUUCAAAAACAGAAACUAUUCAGAAGCGCCUCAGUGAAGCCCGACAGAACCGACAGCCAAUAAGAUGGCGGCAUCGAGGCAAACAGGCUGAAGGACGAUUUUCUUUCUUAUUUGAAUUAAAAUCUGAGCGCAGUGAACACCUGCUCCUGAUGUCAUACAGCAGUUCAUCAGGCUCCUAAAGUGUCUCUACAACCACAAAAAAAAGAUGAAACUUCAGAGAACCUGUCUCCAUUCAUGGUUCUCCACGUCUUCCUCUGAUUGGUCGAGUCAGUUGCGGGUGUUUUCUUUGACUGAGGCUGUAACAAGUAAGCAUGAGUGACGACGAGGUAAGCCAACCAAUGAGAGCUUGGAAUUAUCCAGUUAACAGCCAAUCAGCACUGCUUCGGACUGAAACUCAACCUGGUUUUCGACAGGUGACUGACGGUGAAGUCGACCAAUAGGGAAAAGCUGUGACUGUGAUGUAAGCAGAGGUGUAAAGCGUUUUGUCUUUGAGUCAUGUGAUAUGAAAAAACAAAACAGCUGCAAACAAAAUAGAAAUAAAAAAUGCUUCUGAUGACAACAAAAUAUUUUUUGAGGAUUUACAUUAAGAAACCUAUUAAAGAUUGCUUUAUUUGGAGCUCUCUUCCUCGGAGCUCUUUCUUUAUUUAAUCUUUCUUUCUUUCUUUCUUUAUAUAUUUUUUGUUCUUUUAUUUCUUUCUUUUGAUUCAUAACAUCAGACUGAAUUGAUGUGAAAAUGGUUCACAUGUGGAUUUAGUUUUGUUGUUUGUUGCACUGCUGCAAGUUUCCCCUGAUGAAGAACAUGAGUGAUGAAGUUUCACUGCAGCCAUUUAUUCAGAUUCUGGCUUAAUUCUGUAUUUGCAUGAGUUUACUAAAACCCUGUCAUGUUUGGGUUUUUUUCUUUGGCUCAACUGAUAAAUGUGUCCGAAUUGAUUUAUUUUUUAUUUGUAAAUAAAGUUUUUUUAAAAAUC